AUGUCGACUACGGACCCGGUUUCUCAUCCUGAGCUCAGGAUUUUACAGACUCGAUUACAGAAGAUCUAUCAGGAUAUCUCAAACUUUCAGCCAUCUUCGAUUCGAUAUCCUAUCCUCGAUUCUUCACUAGAACAUCAAACUUCUCAGGAAAAGAACGAUGAAGAUGGACAAGCAGGUAGUGGUUGGACACAGCAAGACCAGAUAUCUGGUCUCAAGAAGCUGAGAGAUAGCUUGAAGAUUGACUUGGAUGGGCUGGAAAAGUUCCUCGACGACCCUCAUUCGGCGCACCUCCAACCUCUUUCCACCAAUGCACCAUACCUGAUGUCGGUGUGGAAUGAAGUCCUUUGCGCACCGCCUCCUGUGAUAUCGAUUUUCAAGACUUUUCUCUUCGAUCCCGGGUCGAAGCCGGCUGGGAGUGCGCAGAGGAAGAUGGGGUUGGGUGUUAGAGCUCCUGGAGCCAAGGUGGAUGUAGUGGCUGAUAACGGGAGGAGGUGGAUCAGGAUCAAUACUAUCAAGAACUCCCGUCUGAUAUCUGAAUUCCGCGAGAUCGACUCGUAUUUUACCGAAUCUGAUUCUGAUUCAGAAGGUGGAGAUGGUGAAGAGAAUGGGAUAGGGCCUUCACUCGCACAGACGGAAUUCGACAACUCGAUAUUGAAGAUGGGGAGGGCGCUUAUGGAGGCUGCGCGGACUAACCGGGUUGAGCGGUCUUGGGCGAGGAGGAUAGGGUCAGGAAAGGACGAAGGUGAUAGAGAAGACUCGGAGAUUCCGAAAGUCGUUAUGCGUCUUACGAGGUUGGAAGUUCCUCCGGAGGGGAGUACAGGGGAGUACGACGAGCGGAUACGAAAGACUGUUCGGUUGCUGGAGGAGAUGGGUGUGACGGUUGAGCUUGGGGAGAGGCUGGAGGAAGAGUUGCCUGUACUUUCUGUGUCUACUGCAGAUGAAGAGAAGGAGAAGAAUACUCUGGCGGAGAAUACGGUUCUUCAUCCCAGUCUCAAGAUCAACCUCGACUUGUCGGUUCUCAUCGCGCUCAUCUCGGAUUUGACUCACGCGGAGCUCCCAAAGACGAUGGAGGAGGCGAAGAAAAGGUUUAUCCCACCCAAACAAUAUAGAGAAUGGAAGGAGAUGAGGAGGAAGAAAGAGGGGAGGGCGCCUCUGAAGCCGUGGAAGAGGCAAGGUUCGGAAGGAGCGAAAGACGGAGACGAGGAGCAGGUGGAUUUGGAAGAUCUUCCGAAUGACCUUGCGACGCACUCGAGAGCGCUUAGGAAUCAGCUCUUGCAGGAGAUGGGGAAGAGUAUGAUUACGGAGAUUAGGGAGAGGUUGAUGAGUAUUCCUGGGCACUCGUCUGACCACGGACCGGUAACGAAUGGGGUGCAUGCGAGCACAUCCGACCUCCCGCCUGUAGAAUUUUGGGCGACCAAGGAAGCACGGGAUAGGUGCUUACGGAUUGUGUCCAAGAUUGGAGGUGUGGAUGAGAAGAGGCGGGCGUAUGCCCUGUUCUGUUUGGAUGUCAAUACUGUCGCGUACCCUCCUGUCUUGGGUGAAGGUGAACGCCGGAUAUCGGUCGAGGAGGGAGAGGAGCUGUUCUGGCAGGGGUCGAGGUUUGAGAAGGGGGCUUUGCCGUUGUUCCCGAUGAGGUUCCAUGAAGGGAAGGGCGGGGUUGGUUCUGGAGGGAGGCUGGUCGGCGUGCCGGAUGGGUCACCAGAGAGGCCUAGGUUCUUCAAGGAACUUGCGAAGACGUGUAGGGAUAUCCUCGAACAGGAGAUCAUACCCCACCCAAGGUCCGUACGAGACCAGUUUAUCUCUCGUCCGCAGGGAACUUCCGACGCCUCGAAUUCUAAUAACGAGAACGUAAAAGGCCCUGAACUUGAAGAGGAAGAGAUUCAACGUGCUACGGUUACAAAGGUCAACCCUCGUUUGACGGCCCAUACGGUGGAGAGUUUGUUGUGGGGUGCUGAGCUGGGUUGGACGACUCUAACCGCGAAUCGGACGAGCGUGAAGGCGAUGUUGAAGGAGAUGAGGAGGGAGAGAUGGGAUGGUGGGUUUGGAGGAUUGGAAGGGGGAGCGAGUGAGGAGGGUGGAGACGGUGGUGGGAAAGAAAGCGUUCCGGCUGAUGGCAGGACGGUAGCAGGGAAUGGGGAAGUGGCUGCGAUUUGGAUUGUCGACCCUAGGAGUUUGGCGGAGCAGAUGUCUACUGGGGUGAUGACUACGAAGGUGUCUGGUGGCUAG